AAUCAGGUCUUUUAGUAGAAUCUGAAUUUCGUGUUGCUUGAAGAAAUUUCACUGAAGCUGUGAGUACUCUGAGAAACAUGUAACUGAGGAGAAAAUCUUACAGCCCUUUCAAUGGUGUAUCUCUCUCGGUCAUCGAGAACCUUAUGCAUUCCACGUGUUUGAUGAAAUUCCCCAGAGAAGAUGAGGUCCACAGUCAGAUCAAACGGGAUUGUGUUUGUAACGAAUACAACAAAGCUGACACGUUAUUUUUGCUCUCAUCAUUUGGUAGAUCAAUCAGACCACGCAUCGACGGAGUUGCAGGAAGUUAUACGAAUUGUUUCUUCCCCAAUUGGUGGUCUAGAUGACCUUGAAGAAAACUUGAACCAGGUUUCGGUUUCUCCAUCAUCCAACCUUGUUACCCAAGUGAUUGAUUCUUGCAAGAACGAGACUUCACCGAGAAGGUUGUUGAGAUUUUUCUCCUGGUCGUGUAAAAGCCUGGGAUCUAGUGUACACGACAAGGAGUUCAACCAUGUCCUAAGAGUUUUGGCUGAGAAGAAGGAUCACACAGCUAUUCAGAUACUCUUAUCAGAUCUCAGGAAGGAGAAUCGGGCGAUGGACAAGCAAACGUUUAGCAUUGUCGCUGAAACUCUGGUUAAGAUUGGUAAGGAAGAAGAUGCAACAGGUAUCUUCAAGAUCUUGGACAAGUUUUCAUGCCCACAAGAUAGCUUCACUGUGACGGCUAUUAUAAGUGCGCUCUGUUCCAGAGGACAUGUGAAGAGAGCAUUGGGAGUUAUGCAUCAUCACAAGGAUGUAAUCUCAGGGAAUGAAUUGUCUGUGUAUAGAAGUCUUUUAUUCGGGUGGUCGGUACAAAGAAACUUGAAGGAAGCAAGAAGAGUUAUACAAGAUAUGAAAUCAGCCGGGAUUACACCGGAUUUGUUCUGUUUCAACUCGUUGCUUACCUGCCUCUGCGAAAGAAACGUGAAUCGAAACCCAUCUGGGCUUGUUCCUGAAGCUUUGAAUAUUAUGUUGGAGAUGAGGUCUUACAAAAUCCAACCUACGUCUAUUAGUUACAACAUAUUGCUUUCUUGUCUAGGAAGGACAAGAAGGGUGAGAGAGUCUUGCCAGAUUUUAGAACAGAUGAAGAGAUCGGGAUGUGAUCCCGAUACAGCCAGCUAUUACUUCGUUGUGAGGGUUCUGUAUUUGACAGGAAGGUUUGGUAAAGGAAACCAAAUUGUGGAUGAGAUGAUCGAGAGAGGACUGAGACCCGAACGCAAAUUCUAUUAUGAUCUGAUCGGGGUUCUUUGUGGGGUCGAGCGGGUAAAUUUUGCACUUCAAUUGUUUGAGAAGAUGAAGAGAAGCUCAGUGGAUGGUUAUGGUCCGGUUUAUGAUCUGCUCAUUCCAAAACUAUGUAAAGGAGGAAACUUUGAGAAAGGAAAAGAGCUUUGGGAAGAGGCAAUGUCACUUAAUGUUACACUUAGUUGCUCCAUUAUUUUGCUUGAUCCAUCUGUCACAGAGGUUUUCAAACCUAUGAAGAAGAAAGAAGAGGCUGCAAUGGUGGAUCGUCGUGCACUAAACUUGAAGAUUCACGCUACAAUGAACAAAAAAAAGCCAAAACUGAAACCAAAACCGAAACGCAGGAGCAAGACAAAGAAGAAGAAUCUGCGGCAAUGAUGAUGUUUUCUAGCCAUGUAUCACAAAAAACUAAGGUAAGAUGU